UGUUCAGUGAGGUUCAGUUGUUUCUUCUCUAUUUAAUUUCAGCAGUCAAUUGUUUGUCAACGGUGAAGCCAAAUCGAGAGUAAAAAUGCCCCCAAAACUAAACAGAGACUACACAAAAGACAGAGAACAGCUCAAGCAGUUCUUUGCCGAGUAUGCAAAAAUGGAUGAGAAAUCGGGCGAUAAGACGUUUAAAUAUCGCACUCAACUCACCAAUAUUGCUCAUAGAGAGCAAGUUGCAUUUAUCAUUGAACUAGAUGAUGUCGCCGAAUUCGACGACGAAUUGGCUGAAGCUAUACAAUAUAAUACUCGUCGUUAUACUACACUAGUAUCAGAGAUAGUCCAGGAAAUGUUACCAGACUUCAAAGAAAGAAUCGUACCACCUAAAGAUUCAUUGGAUGUUUAUAUUGAGCAUCGUUUGUUGAUGGAGCAGCGCAACAGACAUCCCGGAGAUCAGAGGGACCCAAGAAACAGUUAUCCCCCAGAGCUCAUGCGACGAUUCGAAGUUUACUUCAGAGAUUUUGGAGCAUCUAAAGCUUUACCGGUUAGAGACGUCAAAGCUGAGCACAUUGGUAAAUUAGUCACAGUAAGGGGUAUCGUUACCCGAUCCACAGAGGUUAAACCGAUGAUGGUUGUUGCUACUUACACUUGUGAUCAAUGUGGCGCAGAAACAUACCAACCGGUACUUUCGCUAAGCUUCAUGCCCUUACAAUUUUGUGGAAGCGAUGAUUGUCGGGUCAAUAAAUCUGGAGGAAGGUUAUCAUUGCAGACGAGAGGUUCCAAGUUCAUUAAGUUUCAGGAGAUCAAAAUUCAAGAACAUAGUGAUCAAGUACCCGUUGGUCAUAUUCCAAGAUCAUUGACGAUCUUUUGUCGUGGUGAAAUGACCAGGCAAUGUCAGCCUGGAGAUCAUGUAACUAUUACUGGAAUAUUUUUACCUUUACUGAGAUCGGGAUUCAGGCAAAUGGUAUCUGGACUACUGAGCGAAACUUUCUUAGAGGCACACAGAGUCAUUGGCAUUAAUCAAAUAGAUGCCGAGAAUGACGCCGCUAACGAAUUAACGCCGGAAGAAUUAGAACUGUUAGCUGACGAUGGAUUUUAUGAUAAACUGGCAUGUUCGUUGGCGCCAGAAAUUUACGGGCAUGAGGACAUCAAGAAAGCUUUGUUGUUACUUCUCGUCGGCGGUGUCGAUAAUAGAUCCGAUGAUAUGAAAAUCAGAGGUAACAUCAAUAUUUGCUUGAUGGGAGAUCCUGGAGUAGCAAAGUCACAAUUGUUGUCAUACAUAAAUCGGUUGGCACCACGAUCUCAGUACACAACAGGACGUGGGUCAUCGGGUGUCGGUCUAACGGCAGCUAUUAUGAAAGAUCCAUUGACGGGUGAAAUGACGCUGGAAGGUGGAGCCUUAGUUUUGGCUGAUCAAGGCGUAUGCUGUAUCGACGAAUUCGAUAAAAUGGCAGACUCAGAUCGAACCGCUAUUCACGAGGUUAUGGAACAGCAAACAAUAUCAAUAGCCAAGGCAGGGAUAAUGACAUCUCUGAAUGCGCGGGUAUCGAUAUUAGCUGCUGCCAAUCCCGCCUAUGGCAGAUACAAUCCAAAAAGGACCAUCGAACAAAACAUUCAAUUGCCCGCUGCUUUAUUGUCUCGAUUUGAUUUACUUUGGUUGAUUCAAGAUCGAGCAGAUCGAGAUAACGAUCUACGACUGGCAAAACACAUUACCUACGUACAUCAACAUUCUGUGCAACCACCGACUAAAUCAGCAGCUUUUGAUAUGAAAACAAUGAGAAAGUAUAUCGCUCUUUGCAAGAAAACGCAACCGAUCAUAACUGAGGAUCUCACAGAUUUCAUCGUCAAUUCAUAUGUGGAGAUGCGUAAAGAGGCCCGGAAUAGUCGCGACAUGACAUUUACAUCUGCCCGGAACUUAUUGGGUGUAUUGCGGAUAUCAACUGCUUUGGCUCGCCUUCGACUGUCUGACGUUGUCGAAAAAGACGAUAUUUCGGAGGCAAUUCGUUUGAUUGAAAUGUCCAAAGAUUCCAUAAAUCACACUGAGGUGCGCACAAACAGACCCCAGAAUCCGGUCGACAGGAUAUAUGCUCUGAUCAGGGAUUUGGCUGGAACCGAUAAGACUGUAAAAGUUUCGGAAAUUUUCGACCGUUGCACAAACAAAGGAUUCAAACCUGAUCAAGUGAAUGAGUGCAUCGAGGAAUACGAGGAACUCAACGUUUGGCAGGUGAACCAAGCCAGAACACAGAUCACUUUUUUGUAAAAAUAAUAUUUCCGCCGAUGGUUUUUAUUUCACAACCAACAUUAAUUUUGUGUUUUUCACUAUUGUUAAAUUGUAUU